AUGGCGAUGGACUACAUGGAGAUUUCUAGCACUGAAGAAGUUCCUAAAGGAAAGGAGCUGAAGAUGCACAAGAAGCGAGACUCUGUCAGUGCACGACAGCAUAGCCAUGAUAAGGGCAUAGUCAAAUCCGACGGGAGCGGUGCGUCUGGGCCAGCUCGUACUGACGAGGAAGAAAGCGGCUCUUUUACGGCAAAGAUCCGCGAGUUGGAAUGCGCCAAUCAUCGAAUGAAGAACGAGCUCGGCCGCUCCAGCAUCCAUCUCCAGGAGUCCCUCGACGAGAAUCGCACAUUACACGCAAAAAUUCGUCGGCUUCAGGACGAGUUGGAUAGUAGCUCAUCUCGAGCAACUCACCUAGAAGACGAGUUGGUCCGUGCCACAAAUGGGAUCACCGAAGCUAUGCAGGUUUUACAGGAUCAUCAAACCCAGGAGCGGAGCAGGCCAAAUUUGCAUGGAUGCAGACAAGGUGAAUCUGGUGAUAGCACAGCAGAUUUUCAGUUACCGGCUCAGUAA